AUGUGUCCUAAUGUGUCAAAUGCUACUACUACUGAUUCUGACGCGAAAAAACUUUGUGAUGUUAAAGAAAAUGAAGAAGACUCUUUAGUAUUUGAAAAUCUUCAAAAGGUCAAUAAUCUUAAUGCUGUUGAACAAAAUAUAAAAUUGUUCCCAAUAAAUACCCAACACAAUGUAACUAGUAAUACUGAAGAUUUAAACUUAUAA